ACAAAAUCAAGGAGGCCAGCUCCGGCAAUAUUUUACACCAAUUUGAUUAAAAAAAUUUAUACAUUACGAUCAAAUUCAGGAUUUCAAGCAUAUCCAAAGGUUCAAAUUUGUAUGAACAAAGUUACUUGCAGGGUAAAGAGAACGUUGAAGAUGAUAACGAAGAAGAAGAGCAGAGGAAAGUCGAUUUCUGCAUCUCAUUUCCAAAAUUGAAACAUACACACAAUUUCUUAGAAAAGAACCAGUCUCCAUUGGUGCCGUCUUCGUUAAUGUAAUAGAAGACUCCAUAGAGCCUCCUCCUAUGCAUCAAGGUAUAAUGUAAUGCAUCCGUGGAACCAGACGUGGGGGUUCAGGCGCCCGGCUUCUUUUACACCCAUUAUGGAUCGAAGAGCCUUUGUUUCAUAAUAACAAGGCUGGUCAUCAGAUCAUGGAACAUAACAACGAAGGAAAUCUGUCUUUCGGCGAAAAACAUUAUGAUAUCUCACUGCAAAUAUGCGCGAGUCCGGUAGGUUCUCGAAGUAGCGUCAGUGGGAAGGACUUAACCGUGUUAGGGAGCUCGUAUGAAGGUCCGUCUUCAGAACUUGGUACACAUUCUGAUAAUCCACUGCAAAUAUGCACGAGUUCAGCAGGUUGUCGAAGUAGUAUCAUUGGAAAUGAUCUAUCCCCAGUUCGGAAUUCCUCUGGAGAUAGGCCUUCAGGAUUCAACAGAGCACAUGCUGAUUUCCCACUGAUAAUACCCACCAGUUCAGUAGGUCCUCGAAGUAGCAUUAGCGGAAAGGAUCUACCACCCUUUCCUAAUUCUUCCAAAAGUAGUAGACAAAAUUCUGGUGGCUUUUGUCAUGAUUUAAGUUCCAAAAACAAAGUAGCAUCUUUAAAUGGAGAAGGAGGCUCCCGUCUUGGUAAAAAGUCCAGGGAGGUUUGUCAGAGUCUUGUCCUGGAAAGUGUAAACAUUUCGGUUUUCCCAUCGAAAAAGUCCACAUCUCUUCCUGUUACACCAUUGGCAAGCUUGACCCCUUCAGCCUCAACAACUUCGAAAGAAAGGAUAGGUGGUCAGUAUGAAUCUUCGCAUACUAUGGUAAUUCCACCUAAGGUUCCAAGGUCCUUGUCCGUACCUGUGCGUAAUGUUGUGAUUGUGAGAUCUUUGUCCUUCAUCAAUCGAACGGAACCUGUGCAGAUUGAAAUUAGCAAUGAUAUUACAAGUCCUAUUGUAAUGGAAGAUGGUGAUCAAGAGAUUCCUGAAGAGGAAGCAGUUUGUAGGAUCUGUUUCGUAGAAUUGACAGAAGGAGGAAAGACAUUCAAGAUGGAGUGUAGUUGUAAGGGUGAUCUCAGGCUUACGCACGAAGAAUGUGUUGUGAAGUGGUUCAGCAUUAAAGGUAACAAGACAUGUGAUGUCUGCCGGCAUGAUGUUCGUAAUUUACCUGUUGCUGUCCUCCGGGUGCAUGCUUCUAGACAAAGGAUAUACAGAAACAGACGGAACACAGCUCAAAAUCCCCCAGCAAUUAGUGCUUGGUAUGACUUGAUAGUACUUACCAUGAUAAGUUCAAUAAGUUACUUCUUCUUCCUUGAGCAGCUACUGCGUAGUGACAUGAAAUCUCAAGCAAUCGUUAUUGCAGCACCAUUUGCUUUCAGCUUGGGGCUUUUGGGAUCAAUGUUUGCGAUCAUUGUAGCAAUCAAGGAGUAUGUAUGGACGUACACAGCACUUGAAUUUGUUUUGGUGGUCAUGAUUCUCCAUGUGUGCUAUACUGAACUCCAUCUGCAUCCGAUCUACGCAGUAUUGCUUUCGGCAAUAGUUGGUUUUGGGACUGCAAUAUCAGUAAAUGCAUUAUGUCUCUACAUAUGCAUGUGGCGUCCCUGGUAUGUGCGGAGACCUAUAGACACUUGGAGUGACGCGUAGUAUCUUGUGCUGGUGUGUUUCCACAGAUAAUCAUGUAUAUAUGUAUAUGACUACAUUAACUUUCUUUAUAUCCUCCAUAAACAUAUUUCUCUU